ACAACAACAAUGCCUGCUGUCUCAUCGCCGGCUACCGGCAAUCGUCCCUCGCCGCUAGCAUGCGAAGCCUGUCGACUUCGACACCUCAAAUGUGAUGGCGUCUCCCCAAUCUGCGGUCGAUGCGCCGCUCAGUCUGUUACCUGCAAUUACACACCAUCUCGCCGUGGACGGGGUCGCCGCGCCCAUCGACGAGCAACAUCACCGCCGCCGCAACCACCAUUACCACCGCUCGCAACACCUGCAACACCCGUAUCUCUUUCCAAUGGCCCCAUCCACCCUCAGUCUGGCUCAAUCCCAGCUUCUUCCAGCUUGAAUACUUCCACGCCGUGGUCUCUCCGUGCCGCCGACCGUGAUCGCUUGGUCGGUCUAUUCUACAGUCACUUCUUUCGCGCGCACCCCUUUCUGGUGCCAAAAACUUCCUAUGUCGCUCAGCAGUAUCCAAGAUACCUUGAUCUGGCUGUUUGUUUCGUCGGUCUCCAUUACGCGAAGCCGGCCUUGGCCGACGCUGCCUCUCUUCGAGAAGCCGUCUCCGUCGCAAUGUCUGAGAUUGAUGAGCAUACGGUGCACCGCGUCCAGGCCCUUAUUUUGUAUGCCAUUGUCCUUCACUCAUCGCAGCGAGCAGAGGAAGCCGCUUCAUGUAUUGCCCGUGCGUCAACCAUUGCGACGGGCCUGGGGAUGAACACGCCCGAGUUUGCGCUCGCAAACGCAAACGCAAACGUGAACGGGUCGCCCGUGAUUGCUGAAAGUCUUCGGAGAACCUGGUGGGAGCUACACACGGUGGAUGUAUACACUGCUGCUAUCAAUCGACGCCCUGUUUACGAAACAUUAUCCGUGGUGAGCUACCCGUUGUUACCAUGCAACCAAAAACUGUACGAGGCGGGGCAGUGCUACGACCAUGAUCCUCCAACACUUCGUGUUUUCGAAGAUCGAGUCUUCUCGCGGAAUCCUUACCAGAACUUCUCGUCCAUGUGUUAUCGUAUCGAGGCAAUUCGCGUAGUUGGUCGUGUGCUGGCAGUAGCAGCCGACGACGAUGCAGAUCCCGACAACGUUCAAGCGCUAGACAACGCACUUGCAAGCUGGGAGCAUCAUCUACCUCCUGUCUACGCCGACGUUGUUGGGCUUUCGGGCGAAGUUGACCUAAUGCUUUUUGAAGCGCGCUGCUUCAUCUCGUGCGCCAGCAUCUUCCUUCACUUCCCACGCAGCGACCUCCCCGCGACUGUUCCCUCAACAAGUCACAUCGCCUGUGCAAAAGGCUACACACCUCUGACGCCAACAUCACGACACCACACAAUCAAAGCCAUUGCCGCCUCCAAAGAUUUAUCCAACCUUGCCACCAUACCGUGGCCACUGGAGCGGCACUCACCGUUCUUCAUUUGCUGCUUAGUGCUGGGAUGUGUUGUUCAACUCGCAGCCUGCUCGACCCAUGUUCAUCAGUGCGGUCUCGAUUGCUUGCAGCAACAUAGGGAUAGAGUCGUGCUGAUGCUCGGUGCCCUCCAGCGCCUAGGAGAGAUAUGGCCGCUUGCGCACAAUGCUGUACAGUGUCUGAAGUCCGCGGCAGAGACUAUCUUUGCCUCAUGUUCAGGUCAGGAUGAUGCAGCCUUGGAAGCCUUUUCAUUUCAGUAUCCCACCACAGGUGAUGGUAUUGGUUUGGCUAACUCACAGUGGUUUGACCUGCUAUUUGCAGCGCCGGUGCAGGACAAUCUCGCUGACAUGUAG